AUGAACGUGUACAUUAAAUCGGCCAUCUAUCUUACUGUGUGCGGUGGAAUCGGCUAUGUGCUGCUGGAGGUUACAAAGCCCAACAAGGAGAAGAUUGCCAAAAUCAACGAAAACCAAGCGCCGAUAGCUUACGGAGAAUCAGCCAAAAAGAAGGCUCUUUUUAUGCAAAAACUCCGUGAAGCAAGCGAAAGCAAAGAUCCCAUCUAUAUUCCCAAGCAGAAGGACCAGUAA